AUUUAUUAGGAGCCACUCGCACCAGAUAAUAGCACAACGGCUGUAAGGCCGAAAACAGAAAGGCACAUUAAAUUGGGCAGUCGUGGACUGCAUUGCAACCUUCCUUUUUUAUCCAGGCAAAAAUAAAAGCCGGGACGCGACUUGUAAGCCAUUUUCUCCAACCCAUUUGGCUUUGUGUUGUGUGGCUCUCUUUUCUUAUCCCUCUUAUCACCUGCCUCAACCUAACCUUAUGAUCCCACCUCUAUCUUCUGCUUACACAUAGCAUGCCAUAUGUUCUCCAUUCCUUUCUAUUAGUUUCCAAUUUUCCGUGCAGUUUGAAGGCUUUUCCGAGCAAUUUAAAGACCAUGUCAAGUCAAGACAAUGGCUCACCUGAGUUCCCAACGUGGCCGGAGUUCAAGCUUCCGGACUUGUUGUCCACAGACACCAUUCGACAGGUUCAUGCAACGAUUGAGAAUGAAUGGGAUCCUCUUCAGCGGUCGGCUUGCCAGACGGCAGCUGGGAGAGCCUUGUGGAAUCAUGUCAUUCAUGACCCCCUGGCAGACAUACUUGCGGGAGAGUCCUACCUUAAAAGCCUCCAUGAGAAGAUAAAGAAAGACUGCGUCAACAAGGCGCGAGAAAUCUCUGGUGUCAUUCUUGCAGUUCGAACACUCUGGUUUGAUUCGAAGCUUGAAGCAGCACUUCAUUCCUUCAACAACGGGGAGGCACAAGUAGUUCUUCUUGGGGCAGGAAUGGAUGCAAGGGCUUACCGAUUGAGUUGCCUGAAGGAAAGCAAUGUGUUUGAAGUUGAUUUUCCUGAUCUCCUGCAAAUAAAAGCCACUCUCCUGCAAGCAGCGAUGGAUUCUACAAACGGUCACCCGUGUCUAACGAUGACAGCAAAAUCCAUUACAAGAGUGGCGGCUGAUAUCAGAAGCAAUGACUGGCUCGAAAAACUUCAAACAUCAGGGUUUGUGCCUGAGAAGAACACAGUGUGGGUUCUAGAAGGCAUCCUCUACUACCUAACCCAUUCCGAGGCCACACAGGUACUUGAAACCAUAGCAGACAAGUGCUCGCUUACUCAGACGGUACUCUUGGCAGAUUUUAUGAACAAACCAUCAAUCAGUCUUUCCAAUUCCAUCUUCCAUUUCUAUAGCGAUUGGCCUGAUCAUCUGCUGCCAUCUCUUGGCUUUUCUCAUGUUAAACUAUCACAAAUUGGUGAUCCAGAUGCUCAUUUUGGACUCAUGCACGAUCCCUCAAAUCUGUUCAACAAGCUUCGCAGCUUGCCUAGGUCAGUACAUACCCACCCAGAUGAUGGAACGCCAUGCUGUCGCUUGUAUUUGGUUGAGGCUUCUGGUUCACCGAAUCAAACUAUUCCAUAGAUAGCCAGCAGAUAUUUACUACAUAUCUCCAACUAGCUGCUCAGCUUGUCUAGGUCAGUACAGCACAGCCAGGUGAUGGAAAACUUCGCUACCGCUUGGUUUAGCCAUCUGAUUCAACCUAUUAGACCAUUCCAAAUGGACCAACAGGUGAUAAUGAUCUGAUCAAAAGUGUCAGCUCAAAAUUAAAGCAGCAUAGGAGUGGGCAGCAUCAAUAUUUGUAGUUCUGCGAAGAAAAAUAUAUUCCAUUGGAAUGAGAAACUCAAACAAAUUUGAGAUGUCUGAAAAUUUCCAAGAAGCCAAUACUUAUAUUCAAUUGUUCAAUUAUGUUA